AUGGUUAGAGAUACAAAAUUAUACGACUUGCUAGGCGUUAGUCCAGAUGCAAAUGAUAGUCAGAUAAAGAAGGCAUACAGGAAGUCAGCUUUGAAAUAUCAUCCAGAUAAAAACCCAAGCUCUGAAGCAGCAGAUAAGUUUAAGCAGAUUACAGCAGCAUAUGAAAUUUUGUCAGAUCCUCAAAAAAGAGAUGUCUACGAUCAAUAUGGUGAAGAAGGGUUUACUGGCGGUGGUCCCGGCGGCCCAGGAGGCGGUUUCGGUGGUUUUGGUGAAGAUCUCUUCUCUCAAUUCUUUGGAGGUGGAGCUUCAAGGCCUAGAGGUCCUCAAAAGGGUAGAGAUAUCAAGCACGAAAUUAGCUGCACAUUAGAGCAGUUGUACAAAGGCCGUACUACUAAGUUGGCUUUGAAUAAGACUGUUCUAUGUAAGGGUUGUGAUGGCCGUGGUGGUAAGGCUGGCGCUGUAAAGAGAUGUUCAUCUUGUGAUGGUCAAGGUGUUAAGUUUAUCACAAGACAAAUGGGACCUAUGAUUCAAAGAUUCCAGACUACAUGUGAUGUUUGUAAGGGUGAAGGUGAUGUUAUUGAUCCAAAGGACCGUUGUAGGAAGUGUGAUGGUAAGAAGAUCGCUAAUGAGAGGAAAAUUUUGGAGGUUAAUGUUGAACCAGGUAUGAAGAACGGGCAAAAGGUUGUUUUCCAAGGUGAAGCUGACCAACAGCCUGGUGUGAUUGCCGGUGAUGUCAUUUUUGUAAUCAACGAACAACAACACCCAAGAUUUAUUAGAAGCGGUGACAAUUUGCACUAUGAAGCGGAAAUUGACUUGUUAACAGCUAUUGCUGGUGGUCAAUUUGCUUUAGAACAUAUAUCUGGUGACUGGUUGAAGGUUGAUAUUCUACCUGGUGAGGUUAUUUCCCCAGGUCUAGUUAAGGUUAUCGAAGGUAAGGGUAUGCCAAUUCAGAAGUAUGGUUCAUAUGGUAACUUAUUGAUCAAGUUCACUGUGAAGUUCCCAGAACCAAACUUUGCCGACGAGGAAACCUUGAAGCAGCUUGAAUUUAUCUUGCCUCCAAGAAGUGUUCCUCAAAUUCCUGCAAGCGCAGAAGUUGAAGAAUGUAUUCUAACGAACUUUGAGGCUGGGAAGCAUGAAGCAAGAUCAAGCAACGGAAGGGGUCAAAGUUACGAUUCCGAUGAGGAGGAAGCUCAUGCUGAAGGUGUUCAAUGUGCUUCUCAAUGA